AUGUUCACUUCUUCAUUGGGCUGCCAUCAACAACCGGUAGCUGAGCUUCUUUUACGAAGGAGAGCCAACGUCAAUGCCGUCGGUGGAGUGUUGGCGUCGACACCUCUGCACUGGGCUGCCCGGCAAGGGCAUGUGCUUAUGGUGGCAUUUUUGGUGACAAAUGGUGCUCAAGUGGAAAAACGAGAUGUAGAGGGAUUUACUCCUCUACACGUGGCAGCCCAAUUUGGUGCGACUCCGGUUGUCGGUUACCUUGUGGCUCGUGGACAACCCGUAGAUGCUCCCGACGAGUCCAGGAUUACGCCGGCC